GAGACACCAUUCACGCCUACAAAGCGCUGCCUGCAUCUUGAGGCGCGCCGAGCUGAUAGCUCAGCAGCAUCACUUGAGGUUGUGUACCUUUUCAGUUUGCUGUGUACCUAAGAGUGGUGGCUGAGAUGCGGUUGACGAGAGUGACUUGGCUGUACUCUUUAGACCUUGCGAUUUAAUGAUAGUCGUUGCGCCGACUGAUGCUGGAUUUCCGAUACCCUUGAGCUUCAUCACGAAUGGCCCACCAGUAAUCGAGACGCCCCGAUAUAGCUCAAUAUAUCCUUGGUCUGGGGCAGCAGGUGAGGGUGUUAGCUCUGGGAAAUGCCUGGCAUCGUCAUGGAUGACCCAAGCGCCCUUGGAGUAUGGCGCACCAUAGGGACGGUGAACGGAGAUAACACGGCUUCAGACAACGGCGCUUUUCAAACCACCGAUAUCAACUCCCACUCAAAUGGCCAAGCGAAUGGCAUUAAAUCUCAAUCAAACGAUAUAAUUACGGCUCCGGAGCUGCCUCCUCCGGAAAUAACCCAUAUCACUCAAGGGUUCUUUCCUCUUGCCAAGGGUAUCAACAGGGUGGUUGUUCAAUGUUGGAACGAUCUACUUCACCUUCUUAGCGAGCUUGGAGAUGCUCCUCCCAACCAUCAAGGUGGCAGUAGCUCAUACAAUGCCUCAAGUGCCAAGAAGAGCCAAAUCCUCGAGUUUGCGCAGGCAAAGAGAGCCGAGUUCAUCAAACUACUUGUUCUCUCACAAUGGGGACGGCAAGCUGUUGAUGUUGGCAGAUUGAUUGAUCUGCAGUUUUUUAUUCGUCAACGCUAUGAUCUAUACAACCACGCGAUCUUCCUUGCCGGAAACAUAAAACGAGACCUCUUUAAGGCGCAGAUGGGAAACCCGGACUUAGAAACUGCAUUAGAAGCACUUUCAACCGGAGCUGUCUCGGCUCUUCCCGCGGUAGGUUUCUCCCUCUGUUAUGCAUUAGUUGAACUCCGUAUUAACCGUUUCAUCUUAGCUUCCUUUUUUGCCUCCAGGCAAACUCUCCCCCAAAGAUACGUUAAAAACACUUCGAAAAAUCAAUAAAUUGAUAAGCAUCCGACUCAUCACCCAUGACUCCAUUCCGGAAUACGCUACAUACCGUAUCCAUGAUGGAAGGGUCACAUUCACAAUUUCAAAUGAAAUCGAGCUAGACUUGUCAAUAGCCCAGGAAACGCGAAACUCUCAGUUCUUCUUUGUCGACCUCCGAUUUAUAUUCUCACCAUCAUCUGCACUUUCUAGAGGCCCCGUUCGUGAUAAUCUAGAAUGUACUAUCAACACCUCACUAAUGAAAUCGGGAAUCGUUGGCUGCUGCGACCUCCUUCACAACCUUGUUUUGAACCAAAAGAUCAUGACAUGUUUUAGACAGGCUGUUGAAGUAGCUCGAUCUCAUUGGGGUAAUAAUCUGCGGAUCGAGUUGCUCCACCGCACUCUUGUUAUCCAGUACUGGACCAAUCGGCCUGGGCCAAAAAGUUGGAUUGAAAUCGGAACUAGACGUAAUAAGUCACAACGAGGAGGCCGGGCAUACCAGCCAGAUAUACCUCGUUUAUAUGUUCGCUGGAUCCGAGAUAACAAGGAGGUUUCCGUUGAAAGCACACAUUUCGAGAACAAGAUUAUAUCAGUUGAAACUAUACUGCGAAGGACUAUAUCACGGCACAUCCACGACAUAUUCUUCGAAGUCUAUACCAAGCUUACUGCAUCCAAAUUGUAUGGCCAAGGAGUACUCUUUCUAGGGUUAAACACGUCUGCAACGGAGCCUGGGAAUUGUUACCUAGAUAUUCAACUCACCCGCAGGAAAACUAUGCGAUUAGCUAUCGAGCCUGUAGGCGGAAUAGUUGCUCUACGGACAGUGCCAUUAUCAUUGAGUCGACAUGAUGUUGAACCUGAUCCCAACAAAGCAUUGUCGGUAGGGAUAUACGAACGUAUCUGUCGUCUCAGAUGCCUGGUUGCGAUGGAAGAAGCCGAAAGCCAUGGACGUGUGGUUGGCUGGAAGCUAAUAGCACCUGCAAAUGUUGACAUGCAAUCACUGCGCAAAGUACUUCCUGUCAAUGAGAUUAGAAACAUCUCCCUCUUCCAACACGGAGACUGGGAUCCCAAUUGGCUCGUUGCUUUUACAAGCAGCAUAGAAAGGGAUGACUGGUGGGUGAUCCAGCUGCGGGAUAAAGCGCCAUCAGCAACUGAAUCUCAAACCCGGUGUCCCGGCGAUGGCCGCCUCAUACAGUUACAGCAAGCGCAUGCCAUUACAGGACAGUGCGGAUAUGCAUCCAAUAAACACCGUUAUCGUUCUUUUGCAAAGCUUGCUAACUCCAUAUCGGGCAUGGUUGUAGCACAUUCGAAUGCAGACUGCCUUAACAAACUAAAACUUUGCCACUUUCCAAAGAUAGAGGAUCAGGUUCUAGGAGUUGACAACGAAGUCCUAGAUACCAACGUAUGCUACAAAGCCUCUGAUCUUCCACACCAGUUGCGAGUGGCCUCUCCCUUAUCCAACAAAAGCAAGACUAUCAUCAAGGACACCAUUUGUCUCUCGUAUAAGGGAAUCAACCACCGAACUCGUGAGGCAAUUGUCGUGGCUACAGGAUUUUUUGCAGUCCCAGUUUCUCAUCUUGGAAUGGCCAUCUUAGCUUCCGAUUCAAACCUCAGCUUCAAACCUCGGUCUCGAAAAUUUGCAAUUCGAUUUUUCACGCGCAUAGGUGUGCCCAUUAUCGAACAGCUCUUCUCCUGGUUACAACGGCUCACAAAUACCAUUUUUGCUCUGGGGUUUAUCCACCGCAAAAAAUUCGUAGUCACUUCGAUAUCGUCAUCGAAAAUCAGUUUCACAUACCCUUCUUCCAACGGCAGCCUACGGGCCUCCAUAUUCUUCCAAUACAUCGAUACACGUCCGCCUCUACUUUUACCAGACAACCAACAAUCCAAGACCAAGGGUGACAAGAGACCUUUAGCCCGGCUUCGGAUGUCACUAGACCUCCAUGGCAAGAACCCUCAUCGACGCAUCAUGGAAUCAUUAACAGCCAUACUCAACGACCCUUCAGCUGGACUGGGCUUUACGUUGGAGUUGCUUACCCUCACUCUACCUUUCCUGGAAGCCGUUGAGACCAUUCUUGCCGAAUCAAGAGACCGAUCCCGCGCUGUAGUCAGAAUAGCGGCUCGGUCUGCCAAAAUGUACCAUAUCUCAUACCCGUACCUCCAAUAUCGAUUCCACCUGACGAUGAAACAACGCAGACAGCGCAUUUGUUGGCUUCUUCGGAAUGGCACGAUUCCCAGUGUCCGCAUGAGCCAGGUAGCACUGGAAAGCGAGCUGACGAAUAAAAUACUCAAGGUCAAUGGGGAUGGCUGGCGCGGGCUCGGAGACGGAGCCAUGGCAGAAGCAGACAAUCCAGUCAGCCUGAUCAUGGUGCUCGACAACAUUAUUAAGACACAUGUUGCGCAACAACGCACGCAAGCGGCAGCGAAUGGCGCUGGCAGAGUGAUGAUGUUGGAUGGGAACCAGAGCAAUUCCGUCCCUGCAUCGUUGAGUAACAGUAGCGGCACUAGCCAGCCCGCCAUGACAGCAACGAGUACUACAGGGGUAGUAGCCCCGAAUAGCGAAUCAGAUGUCAGUAAGCAAGCCAACAACGGCAGCGUAAUCACCAUUGACUGA